AUUCAACUAAACCUUUCUGUUUCUCUCUCUACACCCAUUACCACCACCGCCACCUCUCUCUAUCUCUCUCCAAACAAGACAUAAUGAGAGGAAAAUAAAACAAAAGGUGGUUGAUGCAUGAACAAAUUGAGAAUCUUCCUCUCUCUACCCCUCUCACCACCCUUGCUUUGUAAUCCAUUGACCAUCUGACAGAUUUGCCUUAAAACCCAUUUGGCUCUUCUUGGUGUUUACGCUCCACCAACCACCUCCUUGCCUCUCCGGUCAGCUUUUCAUUAUAUUCUAAGGCUAUCAACUGAACGAUUGUGCUGUUCUUAGAAAAUCGGAAUCAUCAAUGGUGAGCAUACGAAGGCGCAAACUCUUAGGACUUUGCUCAGGGCGAAAUUCUUUCUUGGCUCCACUUUCUAGGUUCUCUGACUGUGCAAAUGCUCUUGAAAAUCCUGUUCAGAACACAAAACCAGGUAGUGUGCAUGCUAUGAAUUCAGUUUUUGUUCACCAGCCAAAGAGUGUGCAUCCUAUGCCAUCAGUUGAUGCUGACCAGCCAGAGGAGAAAACUAUCUCAAAAGUAGUUCCUGGAUCAUCAAUUAUAUCUGGUUCUAGCUCAUCAAAAGAGCAGGAUAAUCAACUGUUUCCAGUGAAACAAGUUAAACGUAGAAAGCGACACAGGAGGAAAAAUUUUGAAAACCAAGAACAGUGUGUAAUGAGAGGUGUCUAUUUCAAGAAUAUGAAAUGGCAGGCAGCAAUAAAAGUUGACAAGAAACAAAUUCACUUGGGUACUGUUGGCUCUCAAGAAGAGGCUGCUCAUUUGUAUGACAGGGCUGCUUUUAUGUGUGGGAGGGAACCUAACUUCGAACUGUCAAAGGAGGAGAAGCAAGAACUCAGGAAAUUCAACUGGGAAGAAUUCCUAGCAAUGACUCGUUAUGCUAUUACUAGCAAAAGACAUCAGAGAAGAAGUGGGGAAGGUUCACGAAGAAAGUCUGAGUUUCCAACUCGGAACAGUGAGUGGGAUGGUGAGCAAGAAAUCAAUGGCUUCUCAGCCUCGGAAGAUGUAGAGCCAGACAUUUUAGUCUCUUGAAAUUUUUUCUCUUAGGGACAAGGCUGAAUAACCUGGUUCUAAUAGUUGCAUCAGCCUUUCGCCCUCAUUGUUCUUUCCGGUGUAAAGGCCCCUAUUAGGGCAGAUCAAGGUGAAACUUUAUGUCUGUUAGUAGUAUAUCAGUGACUCUAAUUCAAUAAAGAGUAAAUUUCUACAUGUGCCUUAAUCACCGUCUUCUCAAAGUCAUAGAUUCGCCUUUUGCCAAAGCAAAUGCUCAAAAUGUUUUCUCAAACAAAUCAUAUGCUGCAGUUGUUUUGCAUAGAUGCACGGGAACGUAGAAUCUUAAGGGGUAAGUUGAUGAGCCUAAAUUAGUUUACUAGUCGCUUUGUGAAUUCCUUGGUUCAUCAAAUUUUCAGUAACACCUACAUUUUUGUUAUCAACUUUAUUCUUGCUUUGAAAUUGUACAUCUGGAAUCUUGUAGUCUGCAAUUGCUGAGAGUACCAAUCCUCACUCUUUAUGAGCCAAGGAUGUGGUAUUUCCUUAUCUUGUUUCCCUUGAUGGUCUCAAAAUAAUGGUUGGAUUGGUUCUAUGGUUUAAAAUUUCCAAGAACUUACUAAACUAUUUCUGGAGACUUAAACCCUCGAAUUUCUAUUUUAGGUGGGAAAGUACCAUUAAGGCAUUGCCCUUGGUUAUUGUAUGUAUAAAUAGUUUUUUUUAUUUUUUAUUUUUUAUUUUUAUAACCGGGGUGUCCAGGGCUUUGCCCCGACUGUACCCGUGUAAGGCGCCUCCCCAUUGUAUGUAUAAAUUGAUCACACUUUGUCAAAGUUGAACUUCAUUAUUUUUUAUGGUUGCUAAUCUAUCUGAAUAUUGAUUGGGUUUAGAA